UUCAUUCAUAAUAUCUGCGUAUUUCGUCCAACACAAACAUGACUUCAAAUCCUUUUAAAUUAAAUGAAACUAAAGAUGUUGAAAUGGAGGAAAGCAAUGAAACACAUACGGUACAGGCACGACUUGUAUCGGAUACUGGAGAAGAGGCGGGUCCACCAAUCGAUUUGCCUUCUGGAGUUACCGUUGAACAAUUGGGGCUUAUCUGCAAUGCAUUGCUAAAAAACGAAGAGUCAACACCGUACAUAUUCUUUGUGGGUGAUGAUGAAAUUAAGAAAACACUGGACCAAACUUUAGAUCUUAAAACUGUCGAUACUGAAAAUGUUAUUAGUAUUGUAUAUCAGCCACAAUCAGUGUUUAAAGUGCGUGCGGUUACACGUUGUACCAGCUCCAUGCCCGGUCAUGCCGAGGCAGUUAUUUCGAUAUGUUUUAGCCCGGACGGUACUCAUUUGGCUAGUGGUUCCGGUGAUACGACGGUAAGAUUUUGGGAUUUAAAUACAGAAACACCACAGUUCACCUGCACAGGACUUAAGCAAUGGGUAAUGUGUGUAUCCUGGUCGCCUGAUGGUAAGAAACUAGCUAGUGCUUGCAAAGCUGGUAACAUUAUUGUUUGGGAUCCAGAAACAGGAAAACAAUUGGGACGCACUAUGAGUGGCCAUAAAAAGUGGGUACAUGGUUUAAGUUGGGAGCCAUAUCAUAAAAAUCCCGAGUGCCGCAAACUGGCUAGUGCGGGAAGCGAUGGCGAUUGCCGUAUUUGGGAUACUGUAUUGGGACAAUGCAUUAUGGUGAUAGCAGGUCAUACCGCUGCUGUCACUGCAGUUCGUUGGGGUGGUGCUGGCUUAAUAUAUACCUCCUCUAAAGAUCGUACAGUUAAGAUAUGGCGAGCAGCAGAUGGCAUAUUAUGUAGAACAUUUACAGGUCAUGCCCAUUGGGUUAACAAUAUUGCCCUUAACACAGACUAUGUCUUACGAACGGGACCUUUUCAUCCAGUGCAAGACAGAAAUAAAAAGUAUGCCGAUUUAAGCAAAGAGAAACUACAAGAAAUGGCUUUGCAACGUUAUAAGCAAGUAUGUCCGGAUGAUAUUGAAUCAUUGGUAUCGUGUUCUGAUGAUUACACCUUAUAUUUGUGGUUGUCAAAUCAAAACAAAUGUAUACAACGUAUGACAGGCCAUCAAAAUGUUGUCAAUGAUGUCAAAUAUUCACCAGAUGUUAAACUGAUCGCAUCGGCUUCGUUUGACAAAUCUGUUCGUCUGUGGCGUGCCAAAGACGGUCAAUUUCUGAACACAUUUAGAGGUCAUGUACAAGCUGUAUAUACAUUAGCUUGGUCGGCAGAUUCGCGUUUAAUUGUUAGCGGCAGUAAGGAUUCCACUUUGAAAGUGUGGAGUGUGCAAACUAAAAGGCUGGCACAAGAAUUACCUGGUCAUGCUGAUGAAGUAUUUGGCGUGGAUUGGGCUCCUGAUGGUUCCAAAGUGGCGUCUGGUGGAAAGGACAAAGUAAUAAAAUUAUGGGCUUAUUAAUAAAGUUAUUAAAACAUGAAAAAAUAAAAA